ACGGCCGAGAAAGGCUAAAGGAUACGCACAACUAUGGACUGGAAAUCACUCCAUGCCAUCUUAGGAGGUGUUAAUAAACACUCUACCAGCAUUGGAAAGAUCUGGCUUACUUUCCUCUUCAUUUUCCGAAUCAUGAUUCUUGUGGUUGCUGCGGAAAAGGUGUGGGGAGAUGAGCAGCAAGAUUUUACUUGUAACACACUACAGCCAGGAUGCAAAAAUGUCUGCUAUGAUGAACAUUUCCCAGUUUCUCAUAUUAGACUUUGGGCUCUCCAAAUUAUCUUUGUCUCCACUCCUGCACUUCUGGUGGCAAUGCAUGUCGCUUACAGAAAGCACGAAAAGAAAAGGGAAUGCAAACCUGGUGAUAAAGAUGACAUCGAAAAUCUGAAAAAGCAGAAAUUUCACAUUGAGGGUGCACUAUGGUGGACGUACACCAGCAGUAUCUUCUUCCGAAUAAUUUUUGAAGCUACCUUCAUGUAUAUAUUUUAUUUUAUGUACAGAGGAUACAAAAUGCCUCGUUUGGUGAAAUGCAGUGAUUUUCCUUGUCCAAAUACUGUAGACUGUUUUAUUUCCCGACCCACUGAGAAAACUGUAUUUACCAUUUUCAUGCUGGCCGUAUCAGGCAUCUGUAUGCUCUUAAAUUUACUUGAGUUAUUGUAUUUGAUGCUAAAGUCUUGCAUGAAAAAACCUCAGACUGUGAAAUCACUGCCUAGUCAUUAAGUAGAUGUUCAUAUGACCAUAUAUCUAAUCUGAUAUCGGUCAUGGAAAUUGAGCAACCAUAUUUCUAGGCUCCAUUAAAGUAAUACAAGGCACUUAUUUAAUAGCUGUUGUAUUCUGUUCAACACCUGCUGCAGAUUUGCAGUAUGGCAGGGCCUACUGCAGUGCCGUCUGAAACUGUUGUAAAUUAACUCUUCUUCUGAAAAGCUCAUCUAUUUUUACAUGAAAAUAAUAAAAUGUUUUUGAAGUGUCUGGCUAUUGUUUAUCUACAUAAUCGAAGCUACACAACACAGAAGUAUUAUAAUUAAUGCAGACCUUUGACAUCUAAGACAUGUAUGAUAUGUAGUUUUUCAUGAUUUGGUGACUCAUUGUUACACUGGCCUUUUGUUUAAUUUAUUUUAUUUUAUUUGCUCUUUCAUAGUAAA